AGAAAAUAACAAUCACCAAUAAGCUGUACCAUUGUCCAUCAGUAGCUCGUCAGCUAUUAAUGAGUGCAGACGCACAUAAAAUGCGAGGGCAAGUGUACUAUAACAAGUGUUCAAAGCAAACGUUACAAAAUGGCAAAAGACAAGGCAAACGAAAACGGACAACGAAUUACAGACACGAAAUCGCCUCUGAAAGCAACAGAAAAACCAGAAACAUUGCAAAUGCGUUGAAAUAUAACGCAACGCAUACUCGUCAGCAGAUGGUAUCAGCAAUUGACGUUAGUUAGUGCGGCUGACAUUAGCUCAUAACACGCUCUGAUAAAAAUUCCAUGAAAUUUUAUGUAUGUUUCGUUCUAUUCCACAAAAACUUUAAAUUAAAACAUAUUCUAACCAGAACAGUGUUUCUUCGUUUGUUUUUGUUUGUUUCGAAUCAUUUUUAUCACAUUUCGAGGUUGAAAUAUCCGGAAACCCCUCUGUUAAUCACUCAACAAACAAAAAUUUGAUACGAUGUGAUAUCAACGACCUUGUAAAUUGUACAAUAUAGUACGGUACAUACUGACACAAAUAGCUCAUAGCCACGUAUUUUGAUGAAAGCAUUCCAUUCGAAACGCAGUUCUUAACUGAAUGAGAGUAACUGUUAGAAGUUCGAGUUCUUCUCAUUUAAAAAAAUAUUUAUUUGCACAUUGUUCUCUACACAAUACACAGAGCCCCAACAACUUAUCGUUCGUAAUAAAAAUGAUUCAACGAAAAUUCAGUUUUUUCCUCAUUCAAUCACUUACAUUUGUUCUGAUCAAUGCAGCAUCGCCAAACGUUAAUAAAUUUCAUGUGGCAAAGCGAGAUGUCGACUCGAAGGUCAUUGAUACGCAAUUUCGAAUUCGACGAGAUGUCAAUUUGCCGAGUUCCAAUGAAGAGGAUUUAAAUUCAAUCAAACAAGCCAUUUACGAAACUUCUGCCGUUCAAAAUUGCGACUUCAAAGACUUUAAACUAAAUUUAGUCUUGAAAAAGCUGCAUCAAAAACGCCGCAACGGAGAUCCACGGAAACAAGACCCAGAUAUCGUUCUUGAAAGACACUGUUAUGUCGUAAACAAUAGUACCAAAGAGCAAGAAUUGCAGGGCAACAUUUCAGUGUCGAAGAAUUAUACGGGUACAAAUAUGAUCAGAAUUGAAAAAACAAAAGGUUUCACUGUGAACGCGGACAAUCAAAUUGACAUUCCGUUUAUCAUAUCGAAAGUGCAAAUUGGUGCAGAAUUUGGCCAAAAUGAUACAUUUACCAAAAAUAUUAACCGAUUUACUAACAUCAAUUCGGGCGAUAUAAAAACGAGUGUACCAGCCUUUUCAAAAAUGAAAGUCUCACUUUAUGUCUAUGAAAAUGUCGAUGUUCAUAAUUUUUUGUUAGACUUUGAAUUAGAUGAAUAUUCAUCGAUUUCAUGCGCAUCAGACAAUGCAAAGAAGUUGCGAGAGUUUUUGCCAAUUGGACAAUAUGGUAGUAAAACACUUCAACUUGAGCACAUAAACGGUACGUUUCUUAUCAAAAACAUUCCGGCAUCAGAAACAAUCGUCAGUUUUGGCAUUCGAACGAAGUUUGGAACUGAGGAAAAAAUUUAAUCGCUUUGGACUAACAUCAACACAUUGUGGAUGCAGCAACCAUGGUGAAGUCAAUGAAUUUGAAUCUGGAUCGAGGAUGAAAUCUUCAUUCAAACUCAAUUAAUCAACUUAAAUAGUUUUAAAAUAAAAAAAGAAGGAAGAAAAAGGGAAACAGAAUACAUUAUUAAAUAGAAACGAAUCAAAUUAAACAAUAAAGAAAUAAGAAUGUCCAAUGGACUUCUUG